UCGUCCUUUAAUGAAUUGUUUAAACAUAUAUAUAUAUAUAUAUACUCUAUCUUUUGCGAAAAGGAAGAUUUGGACAGUUUUUUUCUAAAAGAAAAAGAAUUAAUAAUUUAUUACGAACGCAACGAAUAUUACGAAUUUAUAAAAUACAACACAGAAUUAUGUAUAGAAUUAUAGUCUAAGUUACUAAUUUUGCACAAAAAAACGUAUGGAUUUUUUAUUCUCUACAAGAUCAUAAGCUUUUUAAUCAAUCGUCGUUCCCUGAUCAACUACCACCGUACACUGAAUGGUCUCUUCGAAGAGGAACUUGAAAAGGACGAGAAAAUCCGGACAGUGAUGCUCACGCCCUUGCGCGGGAUAUCCACCCUCGCGUACAUAUAUGCCGGCUGUGUAUUUACCCUAUUUGUGAUGUAUCUCAUGCCAACGUUCGUCGUCAUCACCCGUGGUAUUCUUCAUUCACAUUUACCUACGAACUACAGUCUACCGUACACCAAACAGGGACACGGAUAUUUCUGGACUGUUCCCACCGGCUUCUUACGUCAUUUUCAUCUGCUUUUUGAGAUGUCCGCGUUAAUAUUACAAACUUUCACAACUAUCGGCGUCGACAACGCUUUCGGAUUUUACAUCUACCUGCUCGCCUCGACGAUGCGCGCCAUGACUUUCAGACUCACGAAUCCACUACCCGACGACAAGUUCUCCGACGUGCUGAGAGUGUGCGUGGCGAAGCACCAGAAGCUAAUGCGAUGUCGAGACACGUUGACGCGAGUUUAUAGUGUGAUAAUCUUCUGGCACAUCCUCACUAGCGCGCUACUCCUUUGUGCGCUGAUAUACGAGGCGAUGCAAGUACGUCGAUCUAUCGGUCGCAAAUUCAUUUCAGAGUUUACCAUCCACAUAAUAUUUAAUAUUGCGACAUACUCUACAAUAAAAUUGCUUCAAAUGUUUACAUAUGCUUGGUAUGGUACGGUCAUAACAAAUAGCGUAAAUUUUCGCAAUGGGAUAUAUUUCAGCGAGUGGCUUAAUUCUAAUCUGGACCAUCACGUGAGAACAAAUGUUCUUCUAAUAAUGAUGCAAAAGCCGAUGGUUAUUAAAGCGUUUACCAUCUCUGUCGAUUUUGUCAUGUUCACAAAUUUUGUGAAUACUACAAUGUCCUACUUCUUUUUGUUGGAAUCUGUGGGCGAUAAGGGUGGAUGAAGAUACUACGUAUUAAUUACUUUUCUAUUGGUAAACUUGUAACUUGUACACAUUGUAAUAUUAAGGAAAUAUAUAAUUAAGGUAGUGCAAUCAA